CUCUACAUCUUCAUCUUCUGCCGCUUCAGUCCGACUCCGUUCCCUCUUUCUUUUCUCCCCCUCUUCGUCACCUCUCGUAUCUGUACUCAUCCUCCCCUGCCCACCUCCUUUCAUCAGCUCGUAUCCUCUCUUCCAUCUAGUCUUUUUUUUGUCUCUCACCCCUCAUCGAUACGAACGCGCGUCCUUUCCUCGUUUGCUAAAUCCUGAAGCCUCUCUCUCUUUCUCUCUCUCUCCGUCCCACCCCCUUCCUCUUUACGUUCCCCCCCUCCCUCCAUACUCUAUUUUCCUCAAUGCUGAAGUCAGUCAAAAGAGAUACGCUGAAGAAAAGCGGGGCGAACGGCGGGCGCUGAGAGAGAGAACGAGAGAAGGAGAGAAGCUGGAGGGAGAGAGGGGAGAGGGGGGAACGGGGGUUUGGAUACAUCUCCACCUGUCUUCUUCUCUCUGCCAUGGACUGCCUCUGCAUAGUGACCACAAAGAAAUAUCGGUAUCAGGAUGAAGAGACUCCGCCCCUGGAGCACAGCCCCGCCCACCUGGCUCACAGCAAGAGCGCCGAGAUGCUUCACAUGAGCGAUAAGAACCUGGCGGCCAUGGACUCCAUGCACAGUUACGCCCCACACACACACAUCUCACCAAUAAAGCCAGUGUUGCUGUCCUCUGGUCAGACCCCUCUGUACACGUCUGCGGUCUCCACACUGGCAAACUCUCCACCAGUAGUGGUGAAUACAGACACACUGGACGGCUCACCUUAUGUAAACGGAGCAGAAGGAGAGAUUGAAUAUGAGGAGAUUACGCUGGAAAGGGGGAACUCUGGGCUAGGCUUUAGUAUCGCGGGAGGGACUGAUAAUCCUCAUGUAGGAGACGAUCCCAGCAUCUUCAUCACCAAGAUCAUUCCUGGAGGAGCCGCCGCACAAGACGGGAGACUCAGAGUAAAUGACAGUAUUCUGUUUGUGAAUGACGUUGAUGUUCGGGAGGUGACCCACAGUCAGGCAGUGGAGGCCCUCAAAGAGGCGGGCGCUAUCGUCAGACUCUAUGUAUUACGCAGGAAACCCAUCGCUGAGAAAGUCACCGAACUCAAGCUCAUCAAAGGGCCAAAAGGGCUAGGCUUUAGUAUAGCGGGUGGUGUCGGUAACCAGCACAUCCCCGGUGACAACAGCAUUUAUGUCACAAAGAUCAUCGAGGGAGGGGCGGCUCAUAAGGACGGACGACUACAGAUCGGUGAUAAGAUACUGGCGGUGAAUAAUGUGUGUUUGGAGGACGUGAUGCAUGAGGAUGCGGUGGGUGCGCUGAAGAACACAGCAGAGGUCGUCUACCUCAGAGUGGCAAAGCCAAAUAACCUGUACCUUACCAACAACUACAACCCACCAGACCUCACUAGCACGUACUCUCCGCAUAUGGACGCGGACCUUGGACAUCCGAACUUCCUGGCCUCGGAUUACCCACAAGCCCUCACUCCCACCUCACCGAGCCGCUUUUCUCCUGUGCUGCAUGGCUUAAUGGGAGAUGACGACUUACCCAGGGACCCGAGGCGUGUUGUGAUCCACAGAGGAUCGACGGGUUUGGGGUUUAAUAUUGUUGGAGGAGAGGAUGGUGAGGGAAUAUUCAUCUCUUUCAUCCUGGCAGGAGGCCCUGCGGACCUGAGCGGAGAACUGCGCAAGGGAGAUCAAAUCUUGAGUGUGAAUGGAGUGGAUCUCCGGGUAGCUACACAUGAACAAGCAGCAGCUGCCUUGAAGAAUGCUGGACAGACUGUAACCAUCAUCGCUCAAUACAGGCCAGAAGAGUACAGUCGAUUUGAAGCUAAAAUUCAUGACCUCAGAGAGCAGUUGAUGAACAGCAGUAUGGGCUCUGGAACAACUACAUUACGAAGUAACCCAAAACGAGGGUUUUAUAUCAGGGCUCUGUUUGACUAUGAUAAGACUGCAGACUGUGGUUUCCUGAGUCAGGCCGUGGGCUUUCGGUUUGGAGAUGUGCUGCAUGUUUUGGACUGUGGAGAUGAAGAGUGGUGGCAGGCCUGCAGAGUCAGUCCUCAGGGGGAUGAAGAGGAGGUCGGCUUCAUCCCCAGCAAGAGGAGGGUUGAGAGAAAAGAGUGGUCGCGCUUGAAGUCACAAGAAAGGGACCGAAGUCGAGACAGUAUAGGCUCACAGGGAAGGGAAGAGGCAGUACGGAGUUACGAGACAGUUGCACAAGUGGAAGUGCACUACGCGAGGCCGAUCAUUAUUCUGGGCCCGGUGAAGGACCGAGUGAAUGAUGACCUGCUGUCUGAGUUCCCAGACAAGUUCGGCUCUUGUGUCCCUCAUACGACACGACCCAAGCGGGAAUAUGAGGUGGAUGGACGGGACUACCAUUUUGUGUCGUCGCGGGAACAGAUGGAGAAAGACAUUCAGAACCAUCGUUUCAUUGAGGCGGGCCAGUACAACAGUCACCUGUACGGGACCAGCGUUCAGAGCGUGCGAGAGGUGGCAGAACAGCAGGGAAAGCACUGUAUUCUGGAUGUGUCCGCAAACGCAGUUCGUAGACUACAGGCUGCACAGCUUCACCCAAUCGCCAUCUUCGUACGGCCCAAAUCACUGGAGAACGUCCUAGAGAUCAACACACGUUUAACCGAGGAACAAGCCAGGAAAGGGAUGGACCGCGCGAUUAAACUGGAGCAAGAUUUCCUGGAGUGCUUCUCUGCGAUCGUGGAGGGCGACAGCUUCGAGGAGGUUUAUCACAAGGUGAAAACUGUGAUCGAGGAGCAGUCAGGGCCUUAUAUCUGGAUUCCCACCAGGGAGCGUCUGUGAGAGUCCAUCCAGAGCCAAACCACCUCUCCCAGUCACCAUUCAGCCUGGACCGAGGACUCGACUCGCAGAGCUCACGAGAAACAGACAGAGAGAGAGAUGGGAAGAGUAGAAGAGAGGGAGGAAUCACAG